AUGGCCCGAGGGCGUCCCACAGACUCGCCCGGCGGCAACGAACCGGAGCGGCAAGAAGAUACAGGAGAGUCCGCCAGCUGUGUUCAUGCAGAAGCCACCAAACCGGGAGAAGGGUGGCUUAUAUAUAAUGGCGAAUACCGGUCGUUGAUCUGCGCCUUUCACGGCUAUGCGGUCUGCAGCCUCGAGGGUCACUUGAGGGACCGUCACCCAGACAUCGACCAUCGGGCCCGCAGCGAUAUCAUCCACCGCCAUAAGGGUCUACAGCUGCAAGGGCCGGCAUUGGAGCAGCUCGUCCAGCACGGUGCGUCAAACCCGACCCGGGCCGUCAAGGGUCUCGUCGUUCACCGGGGCUUCGCUUGCACCUGGCCGGGUUGCAGGCACCUCACGCCGAGCUGGAAGUGCCUGCGGGUUCACCUCAACGGCGAGCACAACAUAAAGGGAGCCAAGGCGCAGGCGGGCCUCUGGACCGGCGUCUAUCUGCAAACCUUCUUUACAGGUCCAAAGAGGGCGAUUUACUACUUCUGCGUAAGAAUCUCGACCAGCGGUAACGAUGAUGCUGUCUCGGCAGCAGGAGAUCCUCCGACGCCGGUCGGCAGGGGGAGAAGAGCGACGAUGGCAGACAGGCAGCAGACGCACCCGGAAGAUCAGACGAUGAUCGCCGACAUCACCCAAGGGUGGUCACUGCAGCAGGAGGAGCAGGAGAAGAUGCAGAAGGUCAUGGAGGAGGGGAUCCUGAGGCACGAGACGACGAACUGGCUGAAGAGGACCGGCUGGUCAGCCCACUUCGCCGGGAGGAAUCUGGUGGAUAUCCAAGCCUGCAGCAGGAUGCCCGGCUGUGACGACGACGAGCUGCGACGGAUGGCCACGGCUCUAGAUCGUCUAUUCUUCGACCGCUGCAUCGGCGGGUUAAAGAGCAUGCCCCUGAUGACCCGCCUGCUCCUGGCCAGCCCCCACCCUCACGAUGCCCACAGCCGACCGUUUGGGCCGCUGCAGGAGAAGACCAGCAUGGAUCGCUACCUGGUAUAUGUGAAGCGGUUCUUAUGCUAUUGCCUCAACGUGCUGUCGCUGGAGGAGGAUGCGCUGUUUGCCGAACACGGCUUUCGCUUCACGCCUGCACAGAGGGCCAGCCUCGAGCUGCUCUGGGCGCAUCUGCAGGACGAGGAACAGUCGGGCGAGGGGCUGCAGGAAGAGAUAUUGCAGAUUCUGGCGGACUUCUGGAUGCAGCGGCUCGACGGGGACCCUUUUGCGAGCCCGCUGUGGCACUUCGUCGGGGUGCUGGGAAUCGACGGCGAGACGGGGCAGCUCCGACCUGCCCACCUAUUCACCUACGUGCUUGCGGGACUCGUCUUCACGGGGCGGGCGCUGCUGGGAGAGUGGGCUAUACCCACCCGGGAGCGGGCCGGGAUGACGGACCUCGCGCAACGGUUCGCCCAGGUUCGAGACGCCUGGCUUUGCAAGGCGACAUACUCUCCCAUGGGCUAUACGCUCAGCUUGCUGUUAUACGGAAGGAAGAUCGCGCAGGAGACUGGUAGCCGGCUGAUGGUGUCCUGGAGCAAGGACGGCGAGAUGAUGUACUUCAUGGGCAAGCCGAUCCUGAUGGAGAAGAUUCGUCACAUGGUGGCUAGGAUGACGAAAGACGCCGAGGACCUGCUGUGGGGUCAGUUGAUGUUCAAGGAGGGCGACGACGAGCGUUUCAUCCUUCCUCUGGCCGGCAUUGAGGAUGACCUCACCCAUACAAGACGAGGCCGGUCCUUCAUCCAUACCAACGACCUCGCUGGCAAGGAGGUCGAGAUGCUCGAGGACCUCGUCAUGGGCUCGCGGAAGACAGAGUUCCUAGAUCGAGCGGGCGAGUGGAAGUGGGCGGGCAUCAGGAAGUACCUGAAGCUGGUGAAGAAGUUCGAGGAGUUUCUGCUGCUCCUCUCCCACAUCACCGGCGGCCAGCCCAGCCGAGGGGAAGAGAUCACGGGCCUGCGCCUGGUCAACGGCAUCAACAGGGACCGCAACGUCUUUGUCAUCGACGGCGAUGUUGUGCUCGUCACCCAGUACCACAAGUCUCUGGCCCACUUCGACUCGCCGAAGGUGAUCCCCCGCUUCCUGCCGGAGAGGAUCGGGCAGCUGCUCGUGAUGUACAUGGUCUACAUCCGACCGCUGACGGAUCGCUGGGAGGCGGACAGAUGGGAGCUAUAUGGCAAGAUGGCACCGCCGAGCGACUUCAUCUGGCAUAACGAGACGGGGCCAUGGGAGAGCAGUCGUAUGUCUGGGGCCAUGGGGAAGUGGACCUCCCACUAUAUCGGCCGCAGGAUCACGCUCCAAGACUGGCGCCACAUCGCCAUCGCCAUCAGCAAGAAGCACGCUCGCGACCGGGGGGCCGCUCGGGCAGACUUUGAGGACGGCGACGACGAUGACGAGUCGGAGCAGUACGAGGCGCCGGACGAUCUGGCUGCCUGUCACACCGGCCAGACAGCCGCCAACUACGGUGUCACGAUCGAUGUGCUGAAGCGCUUGACGGCCGAGUCUCUGGACAUAUUCGGGCAGGUGAGCCGUCGUUGGCACAAGUUCCUCGGCUGCGACGCGCAGCAGCAAUCGGCCUUGGAGCCGCCGCCGUCAACUUCGUCCUCGAAGCGCAAGGGUGCGGCCGAGUCUGGCGGCGAGGAGAAGAAGUGCCACCCUCCCCGGAAGCGGGCCAAGAUCGCCUCGCUCGAGAAGCUAAGGGCAGGUAUGACAGCAGCAGUGGGGGACAAGAAGAAGGACGACAUGAUCCUGCGGGCACUCCGGGCUGUCCUGCGUGAUGACGCUGCCCAGUUUCGGUCACCCCAGCAAGAAGAGGCCGUCAGGUUGGCCGCGGCGAAGCAGAGCCCGCUGGUUGCCGUGCUGCCAACGGGCGGCGGGAAGAGCUUGGUCUUCAUGGUCCCGGCUAUGCUGGCAGGUGCAGGCGUGACCAUCGUGGUGGCUCCGUUCGCCGAGUUGAAGAGGCAGCUAGUCACACGCUGCGUCGAUGCCGGCCUAGACUGCAAGUCCUGGCCCGAGGCGCGUGAAUCUUGGCCCAGGGUUACGCUGGUCUCGGCCGAGGCGGCUGUCACCGAUGACUUCCUGCAGUGGGCCGCUGAUCUGAGUGUCAGGGGAAGGCUGGACCGAGUGGUCAUUGACGAGUGCCAUCUGUCAUUCACUGCCGCCGAAACCUACCGCGCGAAGCUCCGGUGCCUCGUUCUCCUGCGGAGCUUGGGGUGUCCCUUCGUAUUCCUCACUGGGACCCUGCCGCCGCUCCGUCAACGCGACUUCGAAGAAGCCAUGCAGCUCCAGGCUCCGCUCUACAUACGGGCUUCGAGCCAUCGGCUGAACGUGCGGUACUCCGUCCUUCGCGUCCGUAACGGACGGGGCGUCAUGGAGGUGAAGAGGCUGGUGGACGCCCGGCUCCCACGUCUAGCACCGGGGGAGAAGGGGGUCAUAUACUGCACCAGCCACGCGAAGUGUAGAGCGCUUGCCCGGCAGCUUGGUUGCCAUUACUAUCACGCUCAGCGCGAUGAUAGCGAUGCGCAGUUCCUUGCCCAGCGCGAGCAGGGCUUCCAGGCAUGGGUCAACGGCGAAACACCCUACAUCGUGGCUACCGCGGCUCUAGGCACGGGCCUUGAUGUUGCAGGCAUCGUCCAUGUCAUCCAUCUCGAGGCCCCAUUCAGCAUCAUCGACUACGCCCAGGAGGCGGGGCGGGGCGGGCGAGCUGGGGAGCCCGUCACCGCAGAGAUAGUCGUCGAGGAGAAGGACUGGCCGGUUGAGGACCAUAUCCGCGACAGCUACCUAGACUUGAGCACGCGCGAGGUACGCAGUCUGAUCCGGACACAAGGUUGCCGUCGCCGCCUCCUUGGCCAAUGCUUGGACGGUGACCUACGGGACUGUGGAGAUCUCGAUGCCGUCCGAUGCGAUAAUUGCCGCCGCGAUGAGCUGUUGUGGAAGAGUGAGCUAUCCUCGCAGGGUAUCAUAGCAUCACAUGCCCGCGGCAGGCGCGAUGCCCUCGCUCUAGAACGUUUCGAGGCCGCCUUGGAGGAGAUAGAGGAGCUUGGCAAGAUGGGCUGCCGCAUCUGCUGGAUGUUCGAUGGCGUCAAGGAGGCCGGGCACCAGUGGGGUACCUGUGGUGCCACAGCAGAGAAGGAUCUGUCCUUCUCCAGCUGCAUGAUCUUUCAGGGUCUGGUCAACUACAAGAAGGAUCCACAGGCACGUUUCUUGAGCUGCUUCUACUGUCACGUAUCGCAGGAGCUCUGUCGGGACGGUUACGAGACCAAAGGAGCAUCAUGUCGGUGGAAGCAUGCUGUAGUCCCUAUGGCGUUGGCCGCCGUGACGGAGGCAGAUAUAUGGUCGCAAGUCCAGGAGGCUGCCGGUCGAGACUUCAAAGGUCGGGAUGACUAUGCUGACUGGCUGGGCCGUAAGCAUAGCAAGUUGGUAUGCGGGCGAGAGAUGACCAAUGCUAUGGCCGUCUUUGAUCUAGUGCUCAAGUGGAGACAAACUCAAGAGCUUAGUUAA